CACUUCAGUAACAAAUAAUCAAAUAAAUGGAAAUUAUAUAUAAAAAAUUUAUACCGCUAAAGAAACUUUAGUAAUUUCGAAAUGUUUCAUUUAAAAACAUUGCAAUUAAGGUUUAUAUUCCUAAUAGCCUUUCUGCAUACAGCCCUGCCAUGUCAGGAUACAAGCGAUCAGCAAGAGGAAUUGGAUUGGUGGCAAACUGCUCAAUUCUAUCAAAUUUAUCCCCGUUCUUUUAUGGAUUCUAAUGGUGAUGGUAUAGGUGACUUAAAUGGUAUCGCCUCGAAACUACAAUAUCUCAAGGAUUUAGGGGUAACGGCUGCAUGGCUCUCACCCAUAUUUACAUCACCUAUGGUGGAUUUUGGUUAUGAUAUAUCCGAUUUCUAUGACAUACAACCGGAAUAUGGCACUAUAGAGGAUUUUCGAAACUUAAUUAAAACCGCCAAUGAAAUUGGUAUAAAAAUCAUUUUAGAUUUUGUACCGAAUCACAGUAGUACGGAAAAUGAAUGGUUUAAGAAAUCGGUGAAACGUGAAAAAGGUUAUGAGGACUAUUAUGUGUGGCAUGAUGGUAAAUUGGAUGAAAAUGGCAAUAGAAUACCACCCAGCAAUUGGUUACAGUCUUUUCGUGGCAGUGCUUGGGAAUGGAAUGAGGAGAGGCAGCAAUACUACCUGCAUCAAUAUGUUGUACAACAGGCCGAUUUAAAUUAUCGUAAUCCCGAUGUGGUAGAACAAAUGAAACGUGUGUUAAGAUAUUGGUUGAAUCAAGGGGUGGCUGGUUUUCGUAUAGAUGCUGUACCGAUGUUGUUUGAGGUAAAACCAGAUGAAAAUGGUCAAUAUCCUGACGAAGAAGUAAGUGGUUUGACUAAUGAUACCGAGGCGAGAAAUUAUUUGAAAACGGAUUUAGUGGAAAAUCGACCAGAAACCAUUGAUAUGGUUUAUCAAUGGCGUCAAGUUAUGGAUGAUCAUCAGCGUAUUUAUGGCGGCGAUACUAGGGUUUUACUUAUUGAGACCUAUGCUCCACCAUGGUACAGCAUGCAAAUGUAUGGUAAUGCCACUACCGAGGGUGCUGAGUUGCCAUUCAAUUUUAAUUUAAUCACUGAAGUUGCUUCAAGUGGCAUGUCGGCCAAGAGUAUUGAAACGGGUGUCAGCAAUUGGCUUAGUAAUAUGCCUGCUGGUCGUACAGCUAAUUGGGUUAUUGGUAAUCAUGAUCAGCGUAGAGCUUCCAGUCGCUAUGGUGUACGCAAUAUCGAUGCCAUGAAUAUGUUAGUUAUGAUGCUGCCUGGAGCAAGUGUCACUUAUCAAGGUGAAGAAUUGGGCAUGUUGGAUGGUGAAAUCUCUUGGGAAGAUACCGUAGAUCCAGCUGCCUGUAAUGCAAAUCCUGAUAUAUAUGAAGAAAGUACCAGAGAUCCAGCACGUACUCCCUUCCAAUGGUCCUCGGAUAAAAAUGGUGGUUUUUCUACAGCGUCUACCACCUGGUUGCCUAUGGCUCCUAAUUAUGAAACCAUUAAUGUGGCUAGUGAAAAUGCUGCUAUCAACUCCCACUUGAAAAUCUAUAAGGCUUUGAUAGAGUUGAGAAAGUCAUCGAAAACUUUGCAGCAGGGUUCUUAUAAGUAUAAAGCUUUAAAUGAUGGUGUUUUUGUUUUGAAAAGAUAUUUGGCUGGUGAGGAAACUUUAGUUUAUUUGGCUAAUUUUGGUGAAGGUUCCUAUAGUGCCAAUAUUGUUACUAGUUUUGAUGCCACUUUACCCGAUACCAUGUCAGUUAAAAUUACUAGUUUAGAUUCUACAAAAUAUUCAAAUGUACCCUUGACCACAACAUCUAUAUCUUUGGCGGCCGGGGAGGCUAUUAUUUUGGGCACACAAUAGGGAAAAUAUAUUUCUGAUUUUUAGCUAACCGAUAAUGUUUUUGGAAAUAAAGAAAAUUAUUCAAUUC